GGGAGCCUACGACGGUAUGUCGUAGACUGUAUGGAUUUUUUUUUAGCUAAUUAAAUUAUUGAAAGAAAAAAGUUGAACUUCAGCUGGAAGCAUUGUCCAAAAAGACGCAUAUUUAGAAGACUUUGACUUCCCUUGCGUUUUUUUGAGUGAGCGGAUGUGUUUGAAAAUGUUUCCGUUGGUAUUGUGGUUGUUCAGAUAGUUUGAGAUUUCCAGAGGCUGGUCUGUGCUACAUCUUGCCAAAAAUACAGUGCUCAGGAGGAAGAGACGCGAAAUGAGGUUCUGCAUGCAUUUUAGAAGACACCAUGGUUUUCAACAUCAGAGCCCGAUAUAAAAUGUGAUUCUUUUUAAACCAUUUUUUUUCCUAAUUUACGGAUUUCCCCCUGAUUGGAAUAUUUCGUCAUUUUGUCUUUUUUUUCGAAAGUGUAGACUAGGUAGUUAGCCAGCUAACUUAAGUUAACUUUGGCAACCUGUAGAUUUCCCAGCAGGGCACGUUGUUGGUGCUGGCUAAUGAUCCAGUUUGCCCUUUUCACAGUCUGGAUUUUAUUACUUUCGAAAAUAAAGGCCAGCAGCAAAAAGCAGUCACUAGGUUUGCUAGUUUGCUAAGAUUCCGAACACUUAAGUGAGCUUUGAGGAGGUAAAUCGUAUGACCCAGACUGUUGGUUGAAAUUGACAAUCGUGGAUUGCACAGUAAUUGUGGCGAGUAAGAUCUCCGAAUAGUUUUGCUGUCACAUUUGAACUUAUAGUCGACUUUUUUGAUGUGCCGAAAAAUAUAGCUAGCUAGCUAGCUAACGAAGUGUCACCCUAAGCCUGAAGCGAGUGGAUGUGUUAGCCGACUGAAAACGUUUUUCCAGUAAUUGCAUCAAAAUGUCGGCUAUCUCUGCAUCGGAGAAAGUGGACGGGUUCACGCGAAAAUCUAUGAGAAAGGCCCAGAAACAGAAAAGGUCGCAAGGAUCGUCUCAGUUUCGAAGCCAGAGCUCCACCGUCGAGCUUUCGCCGCUGCCGCAGCUCAAAGAUGCCCCUUCCACAGAGCAGCAGGAGCUCUUUACCCAGAAGCUUCAGCAGUGCUGCAUGCUGUUCGAUUUCAUGGACUCGGUCACGGACCUGAAGAGCAAAGAGGUCAAGAGGGCCACCCUCAACGAGCUGGUUGACUACGUGUCCACGAACAGAGGCGUGCUGGUGGAGUCCGCCUACCCAGACAUUGCUAACAUGAUUUGCACCAAUAUUUUCCGGACACUUCCGCCCAGUGAAAAUCCAGACUUUGAUCCAGAGGAAGAUGAGCCCACACUGGAGGUGUCUUGGCCUCACAUUCAGUUGGUGUAUGAGUUUCUCCUGAGGUUUCUGGAGAACCCAGACUUCCAGCCCAGCAUUGCGAAACGCUACAUCGAUCAGAAGUUCGUGCUGCAGCUCCUGGAACUGUUCGACAGCGAGGACCCGAGGGAGAGGGACUUCCUGAAGACCGUCCUCCAUCGGAUCUACGGGAAGUUCCUGGGGUUACGGGCUUUCAUCAGGAAACAGAUCAACAACAUUUUCUUACGGUUCAUCUACGAGACUGAUCACUUCAAUGGAGUGGCCGAGCUGCUGGAGAUAUUGGGAAGCAUCAUAAACGGAUUUGCACUGCCGCUGAAGGCAGAACACAAACAGUUUCUGAUGAAAGUGCUGAUCCCAAUGCACACAGCCAAAGGCUUGGCUGUCUUCCACGCGCAGUUGGCCUACUGUGUCGUCCAAUUCCUGGAAAAGGACCCCACUCUCACUGAGCCGGUGAUCAGGGGUCUUUUGAAGUUUUGGCCUAAAACCUGUAGUCAGAAGGAGGUCAUGUUCCUGGGUGAAAUUGAGGAGAUCUUGGAUGUCAUCGAACCCACGCAGUUUAAAAAGAUCCAGGAGCCACUUUUCAAGCAGAUCUCCAAGUGUGUGGCCAAUCCUCAUUUUCAGGUUGCUGAGAGAGCGUUGUACUUCUGGAACAAUGAAUACAUACUGAGCCUCAUCGAGGAAAACAUCGACAAGAUCCUACCGAUCAUGUUUGGCAGCCUGUACAGAAUCUCCAAAGAGCACUGGAACCCAACGAUUGUAGCCCUUGUCUACAAUGUGCUGAAAACAUUGAUGGAGAUGAACAGCACUUUGUUUGAUGAACUGACUGCGUCGUACAAAGCGGAAAGACAACGGGAGAAGAAAAAAGAGCAGGAGAGAGAGGAGCUUUGGAAGAAGUUGGAGGAGCUACGGAUCCAGCAUACCUCAGGAGUUCAGAACAACAGCCACAGCUUGCAGAAUGCCCAGAACAACAACAACAACAACAACAAUAACAACAUCAACAAUAACAGCAGCAGCAGCAGCAGCAGCAACGGCACCUCAGUUACCACUGACGACAGAGACGAGACGCCGCCCGUGGUCAUCGAGGAUGACGAAAGCACCGAAUGUGCCAAAUAACACAGGACUCGGUUUUCUACUCCACCUGGAGGAAGAGCUCGGGAACUCUCCGCGAUGGAGCUGGGGGUGGGGGUGGGGCGUACAAAAAAUCCAAUUAAAAGUUAAAAAAAAAGAUUCAAAUUAAAACCUCAGCAGUAUGUUAAGAGAAAUCUAUAUAUAAAGAGAUAUUUGAAAUGCCAGCUAUUUUCUUGGGGCAGAAACAAAUAUAUAUAUUUCAACUAUAUUUCAAGAAUAUUUUUCAAUGUUACAGUGUGGCCACAGUAUAUUAGUAACCUUUUUUUUUCUUUGUCGAAUCAAAGAUUUACUCUGUCACUUUCAGUUAUUUCACUGACUAUUAAAUAAACCUUAUGAUGAAAUCCGUGGAAAAGGGGGGCAGAGGUAUGAGAAUGAUGACUUGAAAAAUCUUUUUCUUGAUUGUGCUGCACAUAUAGAACAUAGGUGGCUAUUUAAAGAUUUGUCUAUUUUGUAUGUGCUUUUCCACACUGCUGCCAAUAAUGGGGUUGGGGGGGGCGGGGGGCAGGUGUUUUUUGGGAAGGGGACAAGUGAGUUUCUGUAGGAAACCUGAGUGAACACCACCCUGUGGUCUCCUGUACUUUGGGUGUUUCAUAUUUUUCUCUGAUAAUAAAGGUCGUUUGCUACUGUAAUAUAUUCAAGACAUGCAGCCAUAAACUAUUUAAAGUAUUAAUAAGAGUUGUUUAAAAAGAGAGGAGUGAAAAAUGGGCACAGAUUUAUUAAGUGUUUUUUUUUUCCAAAAAAUAAAAACAAAAAAAAAAACAAUAAGACAGACUCAGUAAAAGCUGAUGUAAAGAAAUGAAACAUAUAUUUUCCUGUGGGCACAUUGUAGAAGUGUGAUGUGAAUUUUUUAAAAGGGGGUGAAGGACAAGCGUGUAAAAGAUGGAGGUCGAGGGGGGUGGUGUGUAUGUCUUUACGUCGGUCCAGUCUUUCUGAUGCCUUUCUGUCGGAGUGUACCAUUCCAAUCUCUGUCACGUACAACUGUGUGGAAAAAUGUUUUGUAAUGAAAGACCUUAGCGGUUUUGAACACCAUCAAAU